AUGAGCGCCAUUCCUGAGGCUGACCCCGAUGAGCCCAUCGAGACCAAGCCCUUCAACUGGUACGUUCAUUCUGGAACUCGCUUUUUCCCUGCUGGGCUCGAUAAAUCGCCAAUUCGCCCUUGCCACGCUCGCUGUCCCCGUCUCCCCGAAUCCACUGACCGAGGUUAUCAUAUAGGCUACGACGCCCGCUUUCCUUACCAGAACCAGACUAAGCACUGCUGGCAAAACUACGUCGACUAUCACAAGUGCAUUCUCGCCAAGGGCGAGGAUUUCCGCCCCUGCCGCCAGUUCUUCCUCGCAUACCGUUCUAUGUGCCCCAAGAGCUGGACCGACCGAUGGGACGAUCAGCGCGAGGCCGGCAACUUCCCUACUCGUCUUGAGUAA